AUGCCUCCCGCCAAACGUUCCCUCGCUGACUCCGACUCCGACUCCCAACCCGACGCCGAACGCCCAGCAAAGAACGCGAAGAUGUCAUCUUCCACGACCGACGCGUCCAAGACGCGUACAGACAUCAAGACAAAGUUCCUCGAGACACCAUUCGAGGGCGCGUACGAGUACGUGUGUUUUGAGCCUCCAGACUGGUCGAAAGAAGAUGGCGAUGAAGACGACGAGGAUGACAGCGAAGAGGAAGAUGAGGAUGAGGAAGAAGAAAAGAGCAAGGACAAAAUGUUCGACAAGCCAGCCAAAGACCAUCCAGGCUAUAAACACGUCUUCACGAAAGCAACACUGGAAUUGCUGAGCGAUAAUUGCAAAGAGGCGGUACAGAGAGAUCCUGAUAUGUUUGGGAUGUACGUGUACAAUGACUUCGUGAACUAUGCUGUGCUCGAUCUCAUUGAAGAGCUGUGCAAACUCAUCUCCUCAACCCUCGGCAAAAACGAAAUCCACCAAGCCUGGGCCGCCUGCGCCUGCCUCGCGCAAUUCCUCCAACACGGCGCCCACGGCGGUUGCUGGAUGCACGCCGACGAUGGCGAGCGAGUAGCCGCCCUCUCCUCCGUCAUCUGUGCCGCAGCACUCGCGUGCUUGAACGCAGUCGAUCGAGUUGGUGAGCUCAAAGCGGACUCCAAAUUCCUAGACUUGGGUUUGGUCAUGGCGCUUUACUUCACGAAUGUCAGUGAGAUGUCCAAUUACGGUGCAGAACCAACCAUCGAGUUUGAGGACAUGGAGUUUGAAGAGGUGAUUGUUGGAUAUGCGAAGAAGGCGGGGAUUGAUCUGAUGGAUGUGGGAGUUGCGGGAAUGGAGGAGGCGCUGGCGGAUUAUGGGGAGACUGAGGCUUUGGAGGGGAGUGCUAGUGCGACGCGGUGGGGGUAUUCGAAAGUGUGCAACGACUAUAUGAAGGCUCAUGGACCUCAUGGACCGGUCAAAGGAGGACCUGGUUUUAACCUCAUGCAAUGGUCCCGCGAAGGGAGAGCAGAGUUCGCUUUCGACCAUGAGGACCCGGUUGAAGGAUUUGUCAGAAGCAGACAUCAAGUCUGGCAAGCUGAUGCCGAUGUAAUUGACCUGCGGACACGGAGCUCUGGUUCUUUCUUCUCGCGCUAUACCCCCUUCUUGGUGUAA